GAACAUGUGGACUUGAUAUCACACAAGAGGAUUUUUUAACAAAGUUAAUAUGUAGAAACUGUCACACGUUUAUAAAUAAAAUGUGGGAAUUUCGAAGGUCAUGUCAAACUAAUCAAAUCGAGCUCCGACAAAAAGUUUCCAUUAAGCGGCUGAACAUUUUUUCACCCAGGAAAGACCAGGACAAAAAAAAGGUGUUAUUGGACACUACACAAUGUUUAAAUCAACCAAGAAAAAGGUUACAAAUGUCUGUUUCUGACAAUAAAUCUGAAGAAAAAUCAAACAACAAUAUAGCAACACAGGAUAUUUACAACAACACAUCAACAAUAAUUUUUAAAUCUGUAUAUAAUAAAGACAGUGACAAACUUUCAUCUGAACCUUUUAAUAUAUAUCAGCAAAAUGCCAUUGAAAGAGCAAUCCAUACCAAUCAGCCAUCUGCUUUAUCACAUGUUAUCACACAAGUACCGCAAAUGGAUAUAUUACCCAAAAAGGACAUAACAACUAAAAUCAAUAAUGCUGGCAAGAAACUGUGUAAAAGGAAAGGCAACUCAUCUGUAUUACUUAGUAAGGAUUAUACACAGUUGUCAAGCCAUACAACAGAUGAAUUGUGGAAGGAAUUAAGUGAUGGCAUGAACUCAGUUUAAUUCAGAGAAUCAAUAGUGUUUUGCUGAUUGAAGGUGG